AGUUUAUUUUUUUAAUAUAUCUUUCAGACACCAAAUAGAAGGGGUAGACCUCCAUUUGAUCAUUUCGACUCAAGUCACUGGUUGCACAUAAGUAUAAUGUGUGAUAGAUGAGAUUUUGUCUUCAUAUUUUAUAUUUUGUACUGGACUAUACUGCCAUUUUGUGUUUUCUGCAUUAGCAUUACCUGUCCUGUUUGAGCAUAUAACUGUUCCCUUAUCUAAUUAGUUUGUUUCAAUGGUUCUGAAUCAGUCAAUCGUAGCAUUGUCUUUAGGUUCAGUUUAGAACCUCCUGCUUCUUUGACUAAUGCAUUCCUUUAUUUCUUCUUCAUUUUUUUUUUUUGGACAAAAUUGUUGUCCAUGAAUUUAAUGCACAAUACACUUGUGGAAUUUUUGUUGGCCUAAUAAUUUUUGUAUAAGAGCUCUACCACUUGAGCUACAUCCUCAAGUUUGUUUGGGUGAAUUUGUGAAUGUUAAUGUAAUUAUUUUUUUCUUCAAGAUAGUUAUAAUUAAAUUUUUUUAUUAUUGAAGUGCAUUCUCUCUAAAUUUUGAUAUUAUUCAUUAAUCACAUAAAAAAUGCUAUAUAUAUUUUUUAUUUCUUAUAGGAUCUUAUGAUUCUUGAUUUGAUCCUAUCUAGGCUGGUAGAAUUCCAAAACAAUCCUGUGUAACCCCCAAUUUUUUACAACCUUGCUUUCUGUUGAUAAGGAGUCAUGCCUCGUUCUUUUGGUAGUGGAGGAAAAUCUUCUUCAGCUUCUUCUGGUUCAAACAUUGUAAAACUUGCUGCAACUAUUUCGGGUUUAUCUUCUCUAUGCAAGAACUUGGCAAAUUUUCACGUAAAGGAGCCACGUUCAUGUGAGAUUUUAGAAAAAGAAUAUGAAGAGUGCAUGAGCAGAACUCCAACCAGUUACGAUGCCCAACACUGUGAAAAAAUUGGCAAAAGGAUGGCAUCUUGUCUUGAAAGUAAGUGGGGUUUGUAUGCAUGUAUAGAAACUUCCUUUUUUUCUCUAAGGUGCCACUUUUGCCAUUAAAUAUAAAAGAAUAAGAUGGUUUUGCAUUUUAAUUAUGUAAGAAACUCUAUACCGUGUCUCAUACAAACGAAGAGUUCCAUACCAAUUCUAAAAGGAAAACUAAGAAAGUUCAAUCAUUGUAUAGGAUUGUAUUUUAAGGUGUCUUUAUCUAUUCUAAUAUGACUUUUGAUCCAUCAAAAUGCAAAAUCCCAUGCUCUAAGGUUUUGUUUUUUGGAGGGGGUUGUUUGUGGGAGUAGUACGUCUUGACGGAAUCAAGUCCGUAUUCACCAGAUCACUAUUUUUUGGGAUGUCAUUAGAUGAUAGUAUGCCUUCUAAUUUACUGUAUUUAUUUAUUUUUUAUUUUUUUUUGGGAGGCAAUGUAGUUAAUAAACUUGUUUGCUUUGAGUUAUUGUCCAAUGUAUACUGCUUUUGCUUUGUAAUUAUGGUUAUUGUUACUUAUCAAAAAAGUGGCUUCCAUUAGGAUUAGGAUUGGUGAAAGUUGGAUCCUAAGGUCUAGAAACAUGUAAUGCAAGCUAUUUGGGUGUGAUUAAAUAAGGUUGCUUUCAUAAGAAAGAUAAAGAAACAAAGAGAAGACAACAGGGUGUAAAUUUGAUGAAUAGAGACAGAAGUGUGUAAUAUUAAGAAGGGAUAAAGUAAAAACAAGAAACCUAUGGUGGGCUGAAAUGAUUAGGUUUGGAAACUAGAUCCCAAUUUAUAAAGUUGUGGUUAGUGCUAACUUGUUAGGUGGUCUUCUGGUAAUCCAAUAGAGAAUGCAUGCUGAAAAAUGUAGGCCAAUUAUUAUUGAUUCGUAGUGUUUGGGAAUUUUGUAUCCAAACUUAGGGUGUAACAUACUUGGCACUUAACCAAACCAAACCUUGUGUCCCAAUCAAUUCGGGUGGGCUACGUGAAUCAUUUUUCUCCAUUAUGUUUUGCAGGGCCAUAUGCUUAAGUAUAUUAUUCAUAUCCUUCUUCACCAUGUCAAUUUAGGUCUUACCCUCCCCCUAGCAUUUCCAUUAGCAGUAAUCCUAUUGCACUUCCUUACUGUUGCUUAUACCAAUCUUCGUUGUACAUGUCCAACCUAUCGUAGUCUAUUCAUUUCUAACAUUAUCAGCUCCAAUCGCAGAGGUUUUGUUUAUAACAAAAUUACAAAUUACUAACAUUAAUAGCUCCAAUCACACUACAAAAUUGGAGCUCAUAAGCUUAUUGACUUGUAAUUUGUUUUAAACAAAAAAUCUUUAGUGGAAAGAAAACUAAUGGCUUGGGGGUGGGGGGAGAGGAGUGCUACAUUAAUUAAAUAGAAAUAAAUAUAUUUGUGGAGACAUCAUGCAAGCUUUGACCUUUUAAACUAUUGAUAAGGUGGAGUAAUGCUUCCUUUGAGUUAUAAGGUUAUUGAUGGUCCUUUUUUAUUUGAUCAAUAUGGGGUGAUCAGUCAGAAGUGAGACUUCUUGAUGGUGUUUCUCCAAUAGGAAAUGUUCAGUUGCUUCAAGAACAAGAAAGUUGACUCGAUCUUGGUGAUUUGGUUCUGAAAAGUUGGAAAGAGAUGGUGACGGCGAUGCAUGAAGGCUUUUUGAAGGAUGAUCUUGAUCAAGAGCAUUUUU